GUGGGGAGCAGAGAGAGAGGGGGGGGGUCACAGCCAGUGGGGAGCAGAGAGGGGGGGUCACAGCCAGUGGGGAGCAGAGAGAGAGAGGGGGGCACAGCCAGAGUUGGGGAAGUUUGAGGAGUUGGGGAAGUUUGAGGAGUGCAGGGUUCAGGUCACUGGUUAUCGUGAGGAUAAACAAUAUCGUGAGGAUGGACGGGACACUAACUAUCCUCUGUUUCUCUCUGGCCAUGUUCCUCGGCUGUUUGUUCCUGGGAUUUAUCCCGUUGACCAUCAGGCUGUCAGAGGGGAAGCUGAAGCUGGUGACUGUGCUGGGGGCCGGAUUGCUGUGUGGAACUGCGCUCACCAUCAUCAUCCCUGAGGGAGUCGAACUGCUACUCGAUCGUUCAUCAACUGACCAACCUGAGCCCUGGAACAUGACGGAAAGUGUUGGUGUCCGGGGGGCUGAGGCGGUGGGGCAGGGGGUGAGGAGACCUCCAGCUGCCCCCCUGCACUCGCUGAUAGGUGUCUCCCUCAUCGUUGGGUUCCUCCUCAUGUUCGUUGUCGACGAGCUUGCCAACUGCCUCUCGGACCACGCAGAGCCCAGAUCAGGCUCCAGCGUCACUGCCACCAUCGGACUGGUCAUACACGCAGCAGCGGAUGGUGUUGCUCUGGGCACGGCGGCCGCCUCCUCACUGCUCCCCGUCCAGGUCAUUGUCUUCCUCGCCGUCAUCCUCCACAAGGCUCCUGCGGCAUUCGCUUUGGUAUCGUUCCUGUUACACGCCGGCCUGGAGCGGCGUCAGAUCCACAAACACUUGCUGGUGUUCUCGCUGGCCGCCCCGCUCCUCGCCAUUACAACCUUCUUCAUCGUCAGCACGAGCAGGGCCAACAGCACUCUCCACAGGACGGAGGCCACAGGGAUGGGGAUGCUGUUCUCCGCGGGGACCUUCCUGUACGUGGCCUCUGUCCACGUGCUGCCCGAGGUCAGCGGGAGAGGACGGAGCCUCGGACACAUGCAUCACCGGGAGGGGGCGAGCGACAGCGGGGCCAAGCCUGGUCUCAGCUUCCUGGAGAGCUUGGUGCUGAUCACGGGCUGUGUCCUCCCCCUCCUGCUCUCACUCAUCAUUCACGAGGGGUGAUGAAGAACAUCGAUAGACACCCUUUUACCUGCCCCCAGCUCCAUCAACCCUCCACUCAUGACAUCUACAGCAAAGCACCUGAGUUCCCCCUCCACCACCCGUCUUCAGGGUAAAGGGUGUGGACACAGCGGAUGUGCGAGGAUUAUCUGCUCUCUUCUGACUGUCCUGUUUUCCCAUGUGGGAGCCCUGAGCUGCUUUCAUACUAAUCUCAAACUGAACUAACAGCGUGGAACGUUAUUGUUAGUAUAAGAUAUACACCGAUGGCAAGCUCUGUGUUUCAGCUAGUUAGACUCCCGCAGUAACUCCAACACACACUCUGGGGUCCGAAAGCCUUGGUCAUUGCCAACCUGCAC